UAUAUGAUUUAGAAAUAUCUCAUGCAUUACUUGAUACAGGUUCAGAUGUGUCACAUAUUUCUGAAAAUAUCGCAAACCAUUUUAUAAAAUAUUUUGGAUUAAAAAUAGAUAGAAAAAAAGUUUAUAGACUAACAGGUGCCGUAGGUGAAAAACAAUCUAUUAGAAGCUUUUCUGAUAUACCUGUUACUAUAGGUGUUGGAAAUGAUACCUUAAUAAUUUCGGAUGAGUUUUCAGUUUUACCAACAGAAAAAAAUAAUAAUG